AUGGGAAGCAAUUUUGUUCAAGGAGAAGCCAGUCACAUCGUCAGUUUUGAUGAAUACCAAGAGGAGUACUUCAGCAAUAUUGAACACCCUAUGUCCGGACGCACCUCAAGGUCAGGAAGCGAAACCCCGAUGGUAAGCCAGCGUCAAGAUGGGGUCGACGAGGGCCUUAAUGUAGACCACUCUAUGUCCAGACACACCUCAAGGUCAGAAAGCAACGCCACGAUAGAAAGCCAGCGUCAAGAAGGGGUCGACGAGGGCCUCCUACAGAUGAUGAGAAACAGGAUCUCCAUGACUGCCCCAUUGUUACGUAGAGAACCCGCCGCCGGUGAAAACCCUUGCAUCUUCAGGCUUCCGCAGCGGUUCAAGAACAUCAACGGUAAGUCGUACGAGCCGCAGAUGGUCUCCAUCGGACCGUACCACCGCGGCAAGCCUCACCUCCACAUGAUGGAGGAGCACAAGUGGCGGUGCCUCGCCUACAUUCUCAAGAGGCCCCAAGACCUAAAGGUCUACUUGGAUAGCAUACUUCCACUUGAAAAGAAAGCCAGAGAGUGUUAUUCCGAAACCAUCAACCUCAGUACCAGUGAGUUCCUCCAAAUGAUGGUUCUUGAUGGUUGUUUUAUUUUAGAAUUGCUUCACUUUCUUUACUCGGUGGAAAUCGAAGAGACACGGGAAGUUAAACGCCACCCUUUUGCCCGGAUGAGGAGGGUAAUAUUACUGAACAUCUACGGGGACUUGCUCUUUCUUGAGAAUCAGAUCCCAUCUUUUGUUCUGCAAGAGUUAUUUCUACUUUCAAGGAUGACUUGGCACGGUACAGAUCAGUCUUUGUCCUUUAUCGGCAUAAAAGUUUUUUCUGCGAUACUGGGAAUUCGAUACAACGGAGACAAGUCCCGGCUCCACGAUCUCAGAUUCUUGCAUUUACUGGACAUGGUUCGGUCAAUUUUUAUACCACCCGAUCAUGAAGCAAUGCUUCAGGAUCGUGAUGAAGGAUUCCCACUAGAGUACUGGUACAAACCAUUUGAUACUAUUCCCAGUGUCUCGAAGCUCCGCCGUGCGGGGAUUAAGGUCAAUCCGCGUAAGGACUACUUGUUGGUGGCUGAAUUCCGAGACCGUGUGAUUGAGAUACCCAAUAUAAUUCUCAAUGAUUUCAUGUGCUCUUUCCUGGUGAACUGCGUUGCGUUUGAGCAACGCCACAGUAACAGUUCCAAGCACUUCUCCGUCUACGCCCUUUUGUUGGGCUGCCUUGUAAACACAGCCGGGGAUGUCGAGUACCUUUGUGACCGCCACGUCAUUGACAAUUACAUUGGGACGGACGCCGAGGCUGCGUGCUUCAUCAACAUUUUGGGAAAGGACUUGACCUUUGAUAUUGAUUACAUUAAUUUGUGGAGCUUGUUCUUCAAUGUUAACGAGUAUUAUCAGAAUAGGCUCAAUAGGCAGUGGACGAGCUUCAAGCGUGAGUAUUUUGACAAGCCAUGGUUGUGGAUUUCAGCAUUGGUUGCCCUGGUGCUAUCCGUGCUUACAUUUUUGCAGACCUACUACACCAUCUAUGAUCAUUAUGUACAUCCUAAAAACUAA